CAAACCACCAACGCUCUGCAAACCCUAGCUGCUCUACCCUAAUUCGCAGAUCUGAUUCAGGUUCCUCCCUUUUUCCUGCUUAUUAUUGCUCGUAAUUGGCCCCGGAUUGAUUGCAUUUAGUUUAUGAAGCCUUGAUUGUUCGUCAAUGAUCAUCAAUGAACGGUCUGGCUGAAUAUCUAUGGCUGCGUCUGAUGCAGAAUGAUAAUGUCUGCUGUCAUCACGAGGUAGUUUGUGACAGAAGAUAAUGAAUCUUUGUUUUGCUCUUUAUAGGAAGUGGUUAGUCGUUUUUUCUUUCUAAGUUUGGGGUCUGAAAAGUUUUAAGGUUUGAUGUACUCUUUAACUAUGGUUUAUUGUAGGAAGGGGAAAAAAAAUCAAUUUUUAAGAGAACUGUUUGAGGAUUGAUUGAUAGCUUUAGAGGGGGAUCAUUGACCGCAGGUUAUUUUGUAAGUUCUUGGGUAGUCAUUUGUUUAAUAGGCUUGAAAGAAUGGAUUGAUGUGCUUGAGAAUUCUGGCAUUUUGGAGGCAAGUUGGUUUGGUAAUUAAGGCUGAGAAAAGGAGGGGGAAGGGAUGCAAAUAUUUGGGAUCCCUGAUUACAUAUGUUUCGUCAUCUUGGGUGGUUAAUUGGUUUGAAUAAUAAAAGUGCGUCAGUGAAGAAGUUACCAGAUGCAAAGCCGCAUCCGGCUCAGGUCAAGCCGGAGCCCAUGUUGGACGCUAUGCAAGAGAUUGCUAUUUACAUCCAUAGGUUUCACAACCUUGAUCUCUUCCAGCAAGGAUGGUAUCAAGUUAAGAUUACCAUGAGAUGGGAGGAUGAUGAGAAUGCUUCAAGUGCUGCUCCAGCUAGAGUUGUUCAGUAUGAAGCUCCUAGUCUUGGUUCUGAUGCUGCUGUUUACGGAGUGUGGAGGAUUGAUGAUAAGGACAAUAGUUUCUCUACACAGCCCUUUCGGAUCAAAUAUGCAAGGCAGAAUGUUCCCUUAUCUAUUUUAGUUGCAUUUGACCUUCCUCUUAGUAAAAGUGGGGUAGGCAAUUUCUCUCCCUCUUCUCUUCCUCUCCCAAAUCUCUGUGAGCAGCCUUUUUUACAUAAGUUGCCAGCAGAUGCUGUGCCAAUUGCUUCUAAGGCAAAGGAUGCUAAAAUCUAUACUCCAACUGCUUGGAAAAUAACAAUUGUUGAGAUGACAUUUAAUUUGCAGGGUGCUUCCUCAUCAGCUAUCAUUAUGAAGUUUGAGCUUUUGUAUGCUUCCAUAUGGGAGAAUGGUUCUGAAUUUGAAGCUUCUAUUGAUUCUUGCCCGGCUGCAAUCCAUGAAUUUAGAAUUCCUCCAAAAGCUCUGUUGGGACUUCAUUCAUAUUGCCCUGUCCAUUUUGAUGCGUUUCAUUCUGUACUUCUUGAUGUGACUGUUCACAUCAGUCUGCUUAAAGCUGGUCCUAGCAAGGCUGUUUCGAAGCUACACAGUGUUUCUUAUACUGCCACUGAAGAUGUUGCUGGUGAAAGAAUCGUUGGAUCUAAUCAAGAACUGGAACAAGUGCCUCAUAUGAAACAGAUAUCACUAGUUAAAGCCUUGUUAAGUGCUCGUGACACAUUAUUCGAAGAGUUAGAGAGACUGGGCAAUGGUAUUGACAAAACUGUUGAUUUGGCGGAAUUCAAAUCCAAAAAGAAUAAUAUGACUAUACUGCAAGCAAAACUGGGAGCAGUGGAUGGUGAAGUUUCAGGACAAGGCAAGCCACAAAAUGGUCUUGAGAAACAAAGUGGCACAUUAGAAAUUAAGGGUGAUAGCUUGCUCCACGACUUAUCCAAGGAUGAUGUAUUUAAAAUGUUUCAUUUAUUGGGGGAUCAAAUUCUAUACCUAUGGAACAUUUUUCUGAAGUUCCACAGGGAAAAUAAAACAAAGAUACUGGAAUUUCUUUGUGAUGCAUGGGCUAAGGAUAGAAGAGCUGAAUGGUCAAUAUGGAUGGUUUACUCCAAGGUUGAGAUGCCUCAUCAUUAUAUAAAUGGUGGGUUUGAUGAGGCUCCCCACCAUGUUGUGUAUAAAAGAGGUUCAAGUUUUUGGAAACUAACUGAUGAUCCUGCCCAGCUUGCAGCCAUGCGUGCUGAUCUUCACAGACGGAGCAUUGCACAGAUGAAAAUGAAUAACCGGUCAAUCCAAGACAUGUAUAUAUUUGGAGAUCCUUUACGAAUUCCUAUUGUAAUUGUAGAACGUGUGAUGAAUGCACCUCGUCGUACUUUUAGUGACAAUUCAUACCUAAGGAGUUUAGACAUGAUAGAUACAGCUAGUUUAUUUACUGGAGCUCGUUCUGAAGCUGGCAAAAAGCAAUCUAGCACAAGCUGCCCACAAAAUGGUCGUGAUUUAAAGAUUGUUGUCUUUGUGCAUGGAUUUCAGGGGCAUCAUCUGGAUUUACGGCUUGUCAAGAAUCAAUGGCUUUUGAUAGAUCCCAAGGUUGAGUUCCUUAUGUCAGAGGUAAAUGAGGAGAAAACAUCUGGAGACUUCAGAGAAAUGGGGUUAAGGUUGGCCGAGGAAGUAGUUCCUUUUAUUAAGAAGAAAAUGGAUAAAGCUUCAAAGUCUGGACGCUUGAGAGAUAUCAAGCUAAGUUUUGUUGGGCAUUCUAUUGGAAACAUCAUAAUAAGGACAGCUUUGGCAGAGAGCAUCAUGGAGCCGUAUUUAAGAUACCUAUAUACAUAUGUAUCUUUAUCUGGUCCACACCUGGGAUAUCUAUACAGUUCAAAUUCUCUAUUCAAUUCUGGGCUAUGGCUCUUGAAGAAGCUGAAAGGAACACAAUGCAUUCAUCAGCUUACGUUUACAGAUGAUCCUGACCUUCGUAAUACUUUCUUCUACAAACUCUGUAAGCAGAAAACACUCGAAAAUUUCAAGCAUAUAAUCCUCCUGUCUUCACCCCAGGAUGGUUAUGUUCCGUAUCAUUCAGCCCGAAUUGAAACAUGCCGAGCAGCAUCAACUGACUACUCCAAAAAGGGCAAAGUAUUCUUAGAGAUGUUAAAUGACUGCUUGGAUCAGAUACGGCGCCCAACCUCUGAGCAUCGGGUGUUCAUGCGCUGUGAUGUCAGCUUUGAUACAACUUCCCAUGGUAGAAACCUGAAUGCAUUAAUUGGACGGGCAGCUCAUAUAGAGUUUCUGGAGACAGACAUUUUUGCACGGUUCAUCAUGUGGUCAUUCCCAGAUCUUUUUCAGUGAGUGGUCUAAAGGCCUUCAAUCUCAAUCCUGUAUUGAAUAUGAUGCCACUGUCUCGUUUCCAAUCAACUCCGGCAAAGGGCCAGGGUCUUCAGCUGUGUAAUGUGAAUAAGAGCCGGAUUCUCUGGAAGAGCCGAUGCAUGGAGACAUAGCAGUGUCCAUGAAUGGCCGGAUUCAAGAUGUUUCCACCUUCGGAAGUAUAUGUAUAUCGAUAUUGCUGAUGUGAAUUUUUCCACACGAACCUAGCGAGUCAUAAAGUAUUUAGAGUAGACAGCAUCUAGAAAACUAGCAAUGUAAUUACUCUUUUGGGAGGAAGAAUGGUAUAAUCAAUGCGAUGAACAAUUUCUUUAAA